AUGUACCAAAGUGAUGAAACUGAUAAUGAACAAGCCUCUCUUGUCUCAUCGCAGUCGAUGAAACCCUCUCCGGAUACAUUAACGAAACUCGUGAAGCGUCUCAGGGCACUAGUAACGAAGUUGCUUCCAGUAGAAGUUGAUUACAAAAGCAUCAAUGAUCCAACAAGCAGGGUUAUCACUCCCAACGUCAUAUCUGCUUUCUUAGACGCAGCAGGUGAUCUUGGCGAAGCGCUCCCAUACUGUUUGCUUCGUGCUCACGCUGAUUUCAAGAGAGAGGCAUAUCUCAACCCUGCAGAUUUUGGCGAAAACACAGGAAGAGCUGUGGCAUGUGAAGUCCUGGCUCGUCGCAUUGUUCAUCAGAAUCCAUCUGAGAAGAUUAAAUCUCUCAUGUCUACUCGGUAUAGGCAUCGUGAGCCUGAUGGUGAUAUCAGCGAGGCCUCGAGUGCUCUCGAAAUUGCCAUUGACACCCACUGCACUAUAUUUUUGUCUUCUACCGAAGCGCAGAAUGUUGUCAGGGCUUUAUGGGACGGAGAGCUUGUCCAGACGCUAACAGAUCAGGACGAUAUUCAGUAUGUAUCUUACCACGAAUCGCGGCAAGCCGGGUUUUGGGGUCACAUGAACCCUUCACGCAUUUCCGUUCCUCGGUAUCAGAAUUUCCUUCGCAUUGUGAUUUGGUUUUUAUUUCUCGCUGUGUACUCUCAAGCCGUCCGUGAACCACUGGACCUACUUGACCCUAACCAUACGGUGCUUGAUGUCUGGGAAAUUGUACUCUAUACCAUGGGGCUGGCAUUCUCACUUGAAGACACACACAGGUUUUACAAACUAUUUAAAUAUGCAACCUACCGCGCCUUUGGAUUUUGGAACGCCGCUGCCUUAAUAACGGAUUCCUUAUUGCUGGCUGCAUGUUUGCUUCGCAUUGCUGGUCUUUGCACCACCGGAGACCAUUCCAACACUCUACGCUUAAGGAGCUUUCAAGUCUUGAGUUUCGUUGCCCCGUUCAUAUGGUUACUCAUUACAAUCUUUGAUGGUCACCAGUAUGUUGGAACGAUGCAAAUAUGCGUGUCUCGCAUGCUACAAGAAUCGGGCAUCUUCUUCGCGCUGUUAUCGGUGCUCGGGAUUGGAUUCUUGCAAGGUCUAUAUGCUCUAGAUGUUGCUGACGGUUCAAGCGAAGGUCCAUCACUUCUCGUCAAUGUCCUUGUUCAAGGCUUACUUCAGUCUCCCAACUAUGACAAGUUCUCGGGCAGCCCUGUUGGACUUACGUUAUACUAUCUCUGGAAUGUUGCAACAGCGAUUAUCCUGCUCAAUGUCCUCAUCUCUUUAUUCUCCUCAGCGUAUGCUGAAGUCGUCGAGGACGCUGAAGCAGAGUAUAUGACAUUCUUUGCAGGAAAAACUGUUGCCAUGAUCCGCGCCCCUGAUUCUUAUGUCUAUCCUGCACCAUUCAACCUAGUAGAGGUUUUCUUCGUAGCGCCUUUUGAAACAUUUGGCCUGCGACCCCAGCGAUAUGCAAAACUCAAUCGGGACAUUAUGAGCAUAAUUUUCUUUGUUCCGUUGACCUUCAUUGCGCUAUUUGAGACAUCAAUUGUGAAAAAAUCGUGGAUGACCAGCUGGCUGGGGCAAGACGACGAGGUGGACACUGAAAACCCUGAUCUUCUGGAUCCCGUAGUCGAGGGGCUAGACGCAGAUAACGGCUUGGAGAUCAGCAAGAUCCCUUUCGAUGAGCUUGUCAAGAGGUUCCCCAAUACGGAACAAUCAAUGGAAGCUACCAUUGUAAAGGAGAUUAAAGAAAUCCAGGCGAGGUUGGAGGUACUGACAACAAAAGUGGACCGCUUACACACCUCACACUAA